UUAACGCUGCAUUGUUGGGCCUCGUCUUGAAUGGGGCUCUAUGCGGCCUGAGGACAUGUUCAUGUGUGUGUGGGGUUGGAGCUGGUGAGGACAGGGCCUCUACUGCGGUGAUGGUACCAAGAUCCACGGGGAGCCACUAACUACAAACAUACAACAUGAGUGGCGGUUACGAAGUGGACCUGUUUGUGGAGACGCCAGACUAUGACCUGAUCUGCAUCAUCUGCCGUGGAGUCCUGCGCUGCCCAGUCCGAGUGGCCUGCAACCACAUCUUCUGCAAGCGCUGCAUCCUUCAGUGGCUGAAGAGGCAGGAGACAUGCCCCUGCUGCAGGAAGCCGGUGACUCAGAACCUGAUGUUUGUGAUGUUCCGACUCAGCAAAGCCAUCGGCCGGCUGCAGGUCAAGUGUCGAAACACACCGCAGGGCUGCACGGCCACCUUCCCCCUGUCCGAGGAGUACCUCCACAGCUCCACCUGCCCGUUCGAGUGGCUCCUGUGCCCGCACCCGGGCUGCGGCGCCCGCGUCCUCCGCCGCGACGCCGACUCGCACGCGGGCGCCUGCCCCAACUGGAGCCAGCUGUGCCCGAUGGGCUGCGGCACGCAGCUGAGCCGCGCCACGCAGCCGCUGCACAACUGCUACCGCGAGCUGCAGCAGCGCUACGAGGCGCAGCGCAGCCGCCAGCGGGCCAUCGCCGCCGCCCUCCGCCGCAAGAUGGCGCGCAUGCAGAGCACCAUGGCGCACGUGCGCCGGCAGGUGGGCCUCAUCUGCGAGAGCCUGGAGGUGCUGGAGGAGCGCGAGGAGCAGGAGGACGAGGACGAGAGCCCCGGCGAGGGCACCAGCUCCACCAGCAGCAACAGCGGGGCCGGAGGUGGAGGAGGAGGAGGAGGAGGCGCCAACAGUAGCAGCAGCAGCAGCAGCUCCUAAAUGGCUUCCUGAAGCAGAUAAGGAGCCGCUUUUAGGGCCGCGCCGGCUGACUGGGUUCAGUAGGGGAAAUGAAAAUAACGUCAUCGCUCGCCACGGAGAGAGCUGCAGGAGGUCAAAGUUCAACAUUGCAACACGCGCGUCGUUGCGCGGCGCAAGUCAUCGGGAAUUAAUGGCUUUCAAAGUGCAGCGGCGGCCGCUGUUGCAUUGCAUCUGAAAGCUCGUGAGAAGGUUCAGCUAAGGGAUUUCUACGCAGGACCAUUUUUAGGAGUAUUUUUUGCCAGUAGCUGCUCAGUGUUUUUCAGGCCCAGGUCUGACUGCGUGUUUGAGAGCUUCCAAAUACUUGCCAAUGUUACAGUUCUGCUGGGUGAGGCAAUUGAAUUGGCAUCUACUCUGGUUGGGUGAAAUGUAGUCAGGACACACCUAAAGAAAACCACAGGGUGGUAUUUGAGCAAGACAAGCAUUCUUUUGAAUUAAGGUCACUUUUUUUCAUGUGAUGUACCAUUUGCAUAACAAUAAAUGUGCUUUCAUAA